AUGAUUCACUUUACCGACACUAACACAGACAUAGACCUGAUGGCUGGUGUGACCCGUAACGAGGGCUCGGGAUUUGCCGACUUUUUUGGCGAUUUAAUACUCAAGUGUCCGACAUAUCUGUUUGCGCGGCAGUUCAGCGCCGGUGUUGCGGACACACACCGGGUCUACUUCUAUGAGUUGGACUACGAGAGCGAACUGUACGGCAAACAUACCGGUUGUGAUCCCAAAACGAUGGGCGUCUGUCACGCGGCGGACGUGCCGUUUGUAUUCGGCUUACCGUUGAUUCACACUAAAGACUUCUUACCGCAAGACCUGGUCUUCAGUCGAGAUGUGAUGCGAUUGUGGACUAAGUUUGCAAAAGACGGACGUUUUGGUGAUGAGUGGCCGCAGUUGUCGGGCGCCGGUGUGUCGUCCGGUGCGGCGCCACUCGUGCGAAGUCUAGAUCCGACAAAUAUGAGCCGCAUUUACACCGAUCCCUAUCAUAACACUUGUGAUGGCGUUUGGCAGACAUACUAUCAAUAA